GGGCAAGACCACUGCAUGAAUGACAUCAACGCCGGCCUGGAUUCUCCUCCUUUCUUCAGCGUCAACCAGAGAGAUACGACCCAUUUUGGAAGUUUUUGGCCCGUGCCUCGUGUGCAUCUCCAAAUCAUCACAAUGAUCAUCAUAAUUGAAGAUCAGGUUGGCUUUGACCAGGCAUUGGCCGAUGCAGGAGACAAACUUGUUGUUGUGGAUUUCACAGCAACAUGGUGUGGGCCAUGUCAAAACAUUGCACCUUUUUUCAAAACACUGUCUGAAAAGAACACAAAUGUGGUCUUCUUGAAAGUUGAUGUGGAUGAAGCACAGGAUGUGGCUCAGUCCUGUGAUAUUAAAUGCAUGCCAACAUUCCACUUCUAUAAGAACGGAAAGAGGGUUGACGAAUUCUCUGGCAGCAACCAGGCCAAACUGGAGGAGCUGGUCAAAACGCACCAAUGAGCAUUCAUGUCUUGUACAAAUAUAUGGCACCACCAAUUAUGA